GGGUCGGUAGCACUGGUCUGUGGUCUGUAGUCUGUACCAUUAACUAGUCGUUAUGCGCGCAUUUUAAUAGGGGUAGCUCCUGACCAUUCAGUAUCUCAUAAAUUGAAGAAAUUGUAUCAUUGUAUACCACCACAAUGGAUAUAGCAAAUUAAACCAGUUUCGUUCAUCGCAAAUGGUUACUUUUAAUGUGAGGUUCUGUCAAUACCAUAUGGCCUUUCUCACAAUGACGUAAUGCUACUUUUUAUAGAAUGACGCAAUGUUCGCAAAACACGCGUUCGUCUUUCAGCCAAUCAGCGACGAGGAACGAUUACACGUUUCUUUCCAGGAGGGUGAAUUUUAAAUUGCAAAUGGCUGCUGAGGUAAAUAAACAUUAAAAAGUGAAAAACAUGAAGAGAUUUGCAGACAGAUCCAUUGCUCUGGGCUUGUAUUCGUUACUCACAGCUUUUUCAGCGAUAACAGUUACUAAUGGCUCAGAAAACGGUGAAGAAAAUGGACAUUCGUUGGCGUUAAGUCACGAGAAUCGUCGAUUUACAGAAAGUCUUGUGAUUGUUGGUACUUUGGAUGGUAAACUGGAGGGUUUAGACCCACAUAAUAAUGGUAUGACGAAAUGGAAAAUAUCUUUAUCAGAUGAACCUCUCUUGUCCUCCAGCUUGAGUUCUGUACAGAUGCAGAAAGAGUUUACUAGUUAUCGUCUUAUACCAUCACUGAAUGGUGGCUUGUAUCAAUUCACAUGGGAUAGUAUUGAGGCAAUGCCUUGGAAUGCUGAUACCUUACUUCGUUCAUCAUUUAAAUUUACUGAUGGUACGGGUAUGGUUGGCAGUAAGAAUGUUCAACAUACGGGUAUAGAUCCCAAGACUGGGCAGAUGCUGUACUCAUGUUCUGAUGAUGGAUGUGAUGGCAGUGGAGUGGACUCAUUGAGGGAUAUUCUUGUUUUAAAACGGACUCAGAGAACAAUUCGAGCUGUGAAUGAGAGAACUGGGGCUGCAAGAUGGAAUUUCUCUGUUGGGGAACACAAACUUAGCCUUCUAAAAGUUCAAUCUGAUAUUCCACAUCAUUACUUACCUGAAGACUCAAUUCUAAAACAAGGCAUACAAGUUUCAAUUCCUGAGCGAAUAGUAGCAAUUGUUCAAAAAUCAGAAGAGAAAAUCAUUUUAUGGAAGAAAUUUGAUACUCCAGUGGCUGCUGUGUGGAUUUUGCAUAAUGGUGUCCUGGAGGAAAUGGAUUUACUGAAGAUCUCAGUUCCACCACAUUCAUUGAAUGAAAAUGUCGAGAUGCCAUUGUAUUAUAUUGGCUCCCAUGAGGAUCAACUAUACAUUCAUCCUUCAGACAAAAUGAAGGAGGCUGUGAGAAUUGCAAUUGACAAAAUGACAUCCAGUUCAAGCGAUGAUGAUCAUGCUUUAGUUGAUCCUAGGAAAAGACUGAUUUGGAAGCCAUAUCUAGCGACAUCUUCAUCACGCACACCCGCCAUUGUUGGACAAACUGAGCUGUCGAUUCGUCAACGUCCUCUUGAGUAUCCUUUCGAUAAUGGUCAGUAUUUCUUUGUACAAACAAAAGAAGGCGAGUGUCUUAACAACAUCACAAAACCACAAAGUCUGAGAGACGAGGAGCGAGGAGUGCUGAUGAAAUUGAAGAAUUCUGUUUUCAAAUGGUGGAGAGAACUUCUGAUAUUUGUCUUCACGUUUGGUUUCUUCACCCGGCAGAUAUUCAAAUAUUGGCGAUCAAAACAUUCGGGACUCGAAAAGAAAACUUUAACUUUGAAUUUACCUUGUGGCGAUCUUGAACUGGAGGUCAGACCGAAAUGUAAUGAAAAUAAGGCUGCUGUAAAUUCACCGUUAUCGCCUCAAUCACCCGAAAAUUUCGUGUCAAGGUACGAGUUGGAUUUUGACCAUGAAACGUGUCUGGGAAGCGGAGCAUUUGGUCUGGUUUUUCAAGCCCGAAAUAAACUGGACGAUUGCCAAUACGCUGUUAAAAGAAUCAGACUACCAAAUAAUCAAAAAGCUCGAGAGAAAGUGAUGAGAGAAGUGAAAGUUUUGGCAAGUUUGGAGCAUCCAGGUAUCGUGAGGUAUUAUAACUCCUGGUGUGAAGAAACUCCGGUUAAAUGGUUGAGAGAAUGGGACGAUAAGUUACAGGAGGAUAGUAAAUGCCCGACCAUCAACACAGCAAGUCCGUCCUACACAAGUCCUUCAUCAAAUGCAGACAUGCAGUUGCAGGAAAUGUCUUUGAAUGAUCAACUCUCAGAUUAUGAACGACGUGUUGACAUCACACAAAGCAGAUCUCGACUAAGACAUGAUACAAUUACAGUGGAGAAUGAAGACAGUCUUAAUGAUAUGGAGUGGUCUUCAGGGCGCUAUGAUGAGAUUGAGCACUCUGAGGAAGCUGACAGUUCGUUUGACGUUGCGUUUGAACGAGACAAAUCCCAGCUUUCAACAGGGAAUAAUAAUGGCAGGAAAAUAGAUGAUGAGAGUUCUGGAGUUGUCUUUCGUCAUAGUUCUGCUGCAAGAACUGAAACAUCUCCAUCAAAUCAAUCUGGAAUUGAGGAGAUGGAAGCACAGACUUCAGUAAAAGGAAACUCUCCUUCACAUCUGCUGUACAUUCAGAUGCAAUUAUGUCGAAAAGACAGUUUAAAAGAUUGGCUCGUUGACAACGCAUUUAACAGAAACUUCUCACACAGUAUUGAUAUAUUUAGACAGCUUGUUGUAGCGGUGGAUUACAUACAUCAGAAAGGUCAUAUACAUCGAGACCUCAAGCCAUCGAAUAUAUUGUUUGCUCUUGAUGGUACCGUUAAAGUGGGUGAUUUUGGUCUGGUGGCUGCUUGUCAGUCGCCAUCCAACGAUGACAGUGGUUUUGAAGAAUCAACGCGUUCAUCUAACCAAAAUUUGACAGGUCAAGUUGGCACACAGCUUUAUGCCAGCCCUGAACAGGAAGCUGGCACAAAUUACUGCUUUCGCGCAGACAUAUUUUCACUGGGAAUUAUUUUCUUUGAACUGUUCCAUAUCUUUGAGACACAGAUGGAACGACUUGAGAUUUUAAAAGGUGUGCGAAGAAGAAAUAUUCCAGAUAAUUUUACCGAGGAAAUGCCGUUACAGAGCGAACUUGCUGUGUGGCUUCUUGCAGAGAAACCAUCUGAUAGACCAUCUGCUCACGCUAUCUCAAAGAGUCAACUUUUUUCAGAACUGUUGAACAAACUAUCAACAUUUCCGCAAUCUACGACAACUACCGACACGCCAAAUGCCUCGUGAGACCCUGGGGGCAAGGUCUCGAGUUGUGAAAUACCAGGGCACACCAGGGUCUCUUAGAGGUGGGGGGGGGGCUCAAAAUGAUUCUUCAGGUAGACAACGUGGACAUGAGCCAUUGCUGAGUGGUCCCUGGACUCCCUGGACUACUAGUGAAUUAGAAAUUCGUCAUUUUGAUGUUUAUUUUAUUGUAAAUAUUGUGUUGUACACAUAAAAAACACGCCAACAAAGCUAUGAUCUAAAAGGUA